AUGUUGGGUGAAAAGGACCUCAUAGACGACUCUCACUCCAUCAAGCACCAAGGACAACUCAUCUCAAAUGAUCUAAGCCCCAGAGCUCACUGUAACAUUAUUGCUAAAAGGACAGAUGAAGUGGCCAUGAUCAUGACAAAUCUCGAAAAGGCUAACCAGAGAGCGGAGGCUGCCCAGAGGGAGGUGGAGAACCUGCGGGAACAGCUUGCCGCUGUAAACAGCUCCCUCCGCUUGGCUUGCUGCUCUCCCCAAGGACCAAGCGGGAGCAUCUCAAAAAACCCCGAUGCCCUCUUCCUGGGAAAAGAUUCCUUCUACCCAUCCCGGAAGUAUCUCUUGGAGAAACCAAACCUCACCACCAAUCCUGAGGAGGACGCCUCGGAAGACGAGUCGGUGAAGGACUCCAUGGGCCCCGAGCAACCUUACCCGUCUCCCCAGCAGCUCCUGCAGCCGCCCAGGGAAGACUCCGCUUCCCCUCCGCUCCUCCAGCCCCUGCUGGCUCCCACGGUGGCCCCGGAGGUACUGGGGGCCUUCGCCUUUGCGUCUUCGGGGGCCAGGGUGGUGAUGGGUCCCCCAGGCUACAAGAGCGAGAACGGCAGCACGGGCAGCUUCCCCUCCGCCUUCUACGCCGCCCAGGGGCUGGUGCUGCCCGCCAACUCCAACGACGGGAGCCCCCCGAGCGACCCGUCGGAAGGCAGCAACCCCGGCUCAGCCGACGAGGAGCAGCUGGACACGGCGGAGAUCGCUUUCCAGGUGAAGGAGCAGCUGCUGAAGCACAACAUCGGCCAGCGCGUCUUCGGGCAUUACGUCCUGGGCCUCUCGCAGGGCUCGGUCAGUGAGAUCCUGGCGCGGCCCAAGCCCUGGCGCAAGCUGACCGUCAAAGGGAAAGAGCCCUUCAUCAAGAUGAAGCAGUUCCUCUCCGACGAGCAGAACGUCCUCGCGCUGAGAACUAUUCAGGUGCGCCAGAGAGGAAGCAUUACGCCGCGGAUUAGGACUCCGGAAACCGGCUCAGACGACGCCAUCAAGAGUAUCUUGGAGCAGGCCAAGAAAGAGAUCGAGUCCCAGAAAGGAGGGGAGGCGAAGAGCACCUGCGCGCCCCAGGCAGCCCCCAAUGGCAUCAGCGCCAGCAGCUCAGAAGACGCCAUCAAGAACAUUCUGGAACAGGCCCGCCGCGAGAUGCAAGCUCAGCAGCAGGCCUUCCUGGAGAUAGAAUCCGGCAGCCCCAACCAACCGGUCUCCACGCCGCCUGCAGAUCCCUCCCCUCUCUCCUCCUUCAGCCAGAACAUCGUCCGUGCCUACAUCAAGCAGGAGGAAGGGGGUGGGCUGGGCCCCAAUGCCGGCGGUGGCGGCAGCUGCGGUGCGGCCCAGGCCCCUCUGGUGGCGCUCUCCCCUGCCGCCUUCGUGCAGAACAUCAUCCGUAAGGUCAAAUCUGAGAUUGGAGAUUCCGGCUCCUACUUCGACCAGCACUGGGCGUCCGACAGGAACCUCCUCAACCGGCCUUUCACCUCGGUGUCCCCCUCCCUCUCGUCCUCGUCGAGCUACUCCAGCAUGGCCAACGGGCGAGGGUGGCCGCGAGGUGAACCUGGGGACUCGGGCCCAAACGAGGAAGACUUGCCCACUUCGGAAGACGAACCCCAUCGGGCGCUCGAAGUCAAGUCCGAAGUGGCGGGUUCAGAAGCCCAAGGGACUGGCCGCUUGUCUUACUACCCCUCCUACGUGCCAAGGACUCUCAAGCCCACCGUCCCCCCCUUGACCCCGGAACAGUACGAGAUGUACAUGUACAAGGAAGUGGACACCUUGGAACUCACACGGCAAGUCAAGGAGAAGUUGGCCAAGAACGGGAUCUGCCAACGCAUCUUUGGGGAGAAGGUCCUGGGGUUGUCACAAGGCAGCGUGAGCGACAUGUUGUCCAGGCCCAAACCGUGGAGCAAACUCACCCAGAAGGGACGGGAACCGUUUAUCCGGAUGCAGCUUUGGCUCUGCGACCAGCUGGGCCAAAACAUCAGCCAGCAGGCGGGCCUGCCUCAAGCCAGCCCUGGAGAGUCUCAGUCUUCUCCUUCCCCGCCAGCCAGCCCUUCUGAGCAAGAGAAAAGCCCCCCGGAGUCCCUCAGCCUUGCCCUGGAAAGCAGCAAAGAGAACCAGCAGCCGGAAAGCAAAGCCGGCCCCUUGCUGACUGGCAAAAUGUGCCCCAACCACCAAAACUCCCUCGGCAUUCAGGAGAUCGUGGCCAUGUCCCCCGAGCUGGACACCUACAGCAUCACUAAGAAGGUCAAGGAGGUCUUAACUGACAACAACCUUGGUCAGCGCCUUUUCGGGGAGAGCAUCCUGGGCCUGACGCAGGGAUCGGUCUCAGACCUCCUCUCCAGGCCCAAGCCUUGGCACAAGCUGAGCCUCAAGGGGAGGGAGCCGUUCGUGCGCAUGCAGCUCUGGCUGAAUGACCCUCAGAACAUCGACAAGCUCCGGGACAUGAAAAAGCUGGAGAAGAAAGCGUACCUGAAACGCCGUUACGGGCUGAUCAGUGCUGGCUCGGACAGCGAGUCCCCCAACCCUCGUUCCGAGUGCCCCAGUCCCAGCCUCCAGCUGCAAGACCUCAGCCUCCUGCAGAUCAAGAAGCCAAGGGUGGUCUUGGCUCCAGAGGAGAAGGAGACCCUGAAGAGGGCCUACCAGCUGGAACCAUACCCCUCCCAGCAGACGAUCGAGCUGCUCUCCUUCCAGCUCAACCUCAAGACCAACACGGUCAUUAACUGGUUCCACAAUUACAGGUCUCGGAUGCGCCGAGAGAUGCUGAUGGAAGGAAGCCAGGACGACACAGAUGCAGAACAGAGCGCUGGCCCUUUGCUCAAGGGGGCCCAGCCCCAGAGCCCCGACUCGGAAGGGGAGGAUGAGAAACCCACCUUCAGAAACGUCGAGUGCCAAGGAGAACGCAAAGCGCUGGUGGAAAUCAAGGAAGAGCAGCUGGAGGCGGGCGACAAAGACGACGCGGGCAGCAGUAGGGACUCCUGCAGUCCUGAAGGCGAGGUAGAGCCCGUAUCUGGAUCCAGCCCCAGGGGAGACCCCGGUUGUGUGAGCCCACAUGAAGCUCCCAGCCUCACCUGGGCCAGCACCCUACGGAGCAAGACACACCCGCCUGGGGCCCACAACUGUUCCAGUUUCCAUAACCCCGCGGAGACCGACUGCCGCGAGAGGUCGCCUUCGGACCCCGUUAGCUUUAAAUCCGCCUCCGAGUCCUCCCGUUGCAGCCUGGAAGUUUCUCUAACCUCGCCAUCCGCCGCUUCCUCGCCGGGAGUCCUGAUGUCCGUCUCUCCCGUCCCAUCCUCCUCAGCUCCCAUCUCCCCCUUGCCAGUGAACAACGCGGCCACCAAAGGGCAGAGCGCCAGCCCGGCCGCCGAUACGAGCGCCGUGCCACCCAGCGCAAAACUGACUACGAACAUCCAGCGCCGGAACGAGAAAAUGGCUAACCUCAACAGCAUAAUUCAUCGGCUGGAAAGAGCUGCCAACCGCGAGGAGACUUUGGAGUGGGAAUUUUGAAGGGCUAAAUGGAAAGAAGGAAAUAAUCGGAACCGAAUACCUAAAUGACGUUGUCCGAGUUGUAAACUACGCGGAACACGUGGACAGAGCAGGGAGUCCUAGCAGAGUGUAUAGAGAAAAAAACCCAGAUCUAUAAAUAUAUAUGUGUAUAUAUGUAUGUGUGUGUGUGUAUAUAUAUU